GUGCGUUAGCCCCGCAAGCUAAUAUUCGAACAAUUUCACGGAUUUCUCUGGCUAUAAUCGAUUCAUCAUGUUUACUUUGAACUAGAGAUCAUGGGAAUAGGGUUAAGUAACAAUUAUUUAAGCCUUUCUGAGUAUUUUGACAACGUGAAGCUUCAGCUGACAGGGCUUCAUUCGUAGCUGUGGUGCGCUCCCUCUGUGUCCCUCCUCUGUCUCCCUCUUCUGUUCUUUUGUAACAGACUUGUCACUGUCACCUGACCCGAGGAGGAAACUGACAAAUGGGAUCUGAAACGAAACAUACUGCCCACAACGUCCUCAUUUAUUCUCAGUAAAGGAGAGCCACAGAUGCACGUAGAGACAUGGCGUAAAAGCUCCGGAGAAGCCCUGGAGACGCGCCGAGCUGAGUUUACCGUUUCAGGAGCUGUUUGAGAUUCCCGUUUCAGAACCUGUUUCAGGAGCCUCCAGGAGCCUCCAGGAGCAUGUCGGACGCGGACAGGUCGCUGCCUCUGUGCCGCAGGCUGAGCUAUGCGGUCGGACACUUUCUGAACGACCUGUGCGCCUCGAUGUGGUUCACGUACCUGCUGGUUUUCUACCAUGACGUCCUAGGCUUCCAGAACACGUACGCAGGUGUUUUGCUGCUCGUGGGCCAGAUCGCGGAUGGCGUCUGCACUCCUCUGAUUGGCUAUGAGUCCGACAGAACACCCGGAUGUGGCAACUAUGGCAAGAGGAAGACGUGGCACCUAGUGGGCUGCCUGAGUGUGGCGCUGUCAUUCUCCUUCAUCUUUAACCAGUGUCUGGGCUGCUCCUCCCAGACACCGCAGUGGGUCAGUGUGCUCUACUUUGUCCCAUUCAUUGUAGUCUUCCAGUUUGGGUGGGCGGCGGUCCAGAUCUCCCACUUGUCCCUCAUCCCCGAGCUAGUCCGCUGUGAGCACGCCAAGGUUGAACUCACCGCGUACAGGUAUGCAUUCACAGUGAUGGCUAACAUCACAGUGUACGCUCUGGCCUACCUGCUGUUCCACAUGCAGGGUGGACAGGAUAUGGACGCUUUGGGACCUGUGGACAUUCCUGUCUUCAGGAAUCUGGCUCUGAUAGUCCUGGCCAUAGGUUUGGUUUUCUCUCUGAUAUUCCACUUGGGCACCUCAGAGCACCGCAGCAGAGCCGAAGCAACGGAGGAUGGGGAACAGAGCCCUCUACUGGCCUCACGUACCACUACGCUGUCGGCUACAUUGCAGUGGAAGUGCUGGCUCAAGCAACCUUCAUUUUACCAGGUGGCGCUGUUGUACAUGUCCACCAGGCUAAUAGUGAAUCUGUCCCAGACUUAUAUCUCUAUGUACCUGGUCAAUACUCUGGGGCUGGACAAGAAGUACAUCGCCACCAUCCCUCUGGUCAUGUAUCUGAGUGGGUUCCUCUCCUCCUUCAUCAUGAAACCCAUCAGUAAACUCAUCGGGAAAGCUCUGACUUACUUCGUGGGCCUGCUCCUGAUAAUGACCUUCUCUUACUGGGUGCUGCUGGACGAGGCCAUGGGGCAGAGGGUGUAUGGCGCCGCAGUGCUGCUGGGGGCGGGCUCAGCUACCAUCCUGGUCAUCUCAUUGGCCAUGACCGCCGAACUCAUCUCCGACCAGACGCAAAGCGGAGCAUUUGUGUAUGGAGCCAUGAGUUUCACAGAUAAACUGGCCAAUGGACUGGGGGUCAUGCUGAUCCAGAGCCUGCAUCCUUGUCAUACUGUGGUGUGCUGUCCGGCCUGUGUCUGGUUCUAUCACUACGUCAUGGUGGCUGUGACAGGAGGCGUGGCCUUUGUGGCAGCUCUGGCUCUUUGCUCAAUCCUCAUCUGGCCAAUCAGGAUCCGCCCACAAGAUGUUUCGGGCCGCACUGAAGACGUCACCUCAGUGAACUAACAUCAGGGAUUUGAACCAAAGAUGACACUUUUAAACCAUUGACAGGAGAAAGGGAGAGUGCACUUUACAGCAGAGGAUACACUGCUACUAAACACGAGGGAACAAGGAAAACAACGCAUUCCUGCUGCACUUUGGGCUAAUGCCUGUAAAAAAUGUAUAUUUUUUUUCUUAGUCUUUUUGAAGGCCUUUUUUAGCAGGACAGUUUUAUCUCUGGAAAUGUAUUAACCAGGUCAAAUCAUGUAAACUACCAGUCAAAAGUUUGGACACACUUUCAUUUUUGUCUUUUUUUACAUGACUAUUUACAGUGUAGAUUCUCACUGAAGGCAUCAAAACUAUGUUUACUACAUUUUAUACAUGUGCCAUUCAGAGUACAGUGGUCCUGGUUUAUCGCGGGGGUUACAUUCCAAAAAUAACCCACAUAUUAUAUAUGUUUUAAGGCUGUAAAACCCCUCACCACACACUUUAAGACCACAAAAGGUGAAAACUGUGAUAUAGCGAGGGACAACUGUACACUCAAAAUAAGUGAACGUAAUGGCCAACAAAAAUAACCACCUUUUGUUUGGUCACUGCAUUUCUCUUUGACGCGGCUCAGCUGUGAAGUGAAAACCAUUUCAGGAGACUUCAUUAUGAAGCUCACUGAGAGAAGAACAGGGGUUUGCUGCACUAUCAACAAAGCAAAGGGACUUUGUAUUUUUCUUUGUUAUUCAAAUCCUCAAAGAAAAAAAUUCAAAUUGAACGAGAGGGUGUGUCCACAUUUUUGACUGGUAGUGUAAGUUAUACCUCAAGACGAGAGUAAAAGCCAAACAUAAAAUCUGUCAACUGCUCAUACAAGCUGCCACUUGGAUGAGCAGCCAAACAUCUUCACUCCAACAAUUUGUCCAGUUACAGAUUUAAACUUCGUCUUUUACUCUGGAUCAGACCUGGACGACUGACGGAUUACACAGACGCCUCAACAUGAGCAGUUUGAUUUAACAGGAAAGUAAAACACGCACAAGUCUAGUCUAGCAGAAAGGUUACAUAGUGCACCUUUAAUAGAGGGUUCUACUACCUUCUUGUCUCCAUGGAGAUGUUAUUGCUUUGCCAGUAAUGUCCUUCAGUUUGGCAUUAAACUUCGCUGACAUUUUCAUUGAUCUGUAGCUUGUCCUGUAGUCUGGAGAAGCCGCCUUUUAUCUCCUUGGAGAUACAGAAGUUUAAUGCCAUACUGUGAAACUCCAGGUAAAGCAAUACCAUCUCCAUGGAGACAAGGCGGCAGACAUUGCAUUAGAAAAGUAAAAAAUCUGCAAAUCUAGUGUGAUCCGGAGCUGUCCAUAGAAAGUAGCGACACUUUGUUGUGACGUUUAGGGCGACGUCAGCGCCCACUGACAUCAGCGGACUUGUUUCUUUUAUUAAGCCGUUUUAGAUGAAUAUUGUGAUUUAAAAUGUUUCACAAUAUUGUAAAUGAGAACAUAAUGAUCCACGGGGGUAGUAGAUUGUGUGUCGCUUUAUAGUUAUCUAUAAAUCUUUAUAAAGUUAUCCAUCUGUUACAACAGGACUGAUUUAAACAUGGGGAAAAAUCGAGUUGAAAGGGUCUGGAGUUUAACCAAAACUGAGACAUGGCCAUAAGACGUUCUGCUACGAAACCAAAGCAGUUUAGUUUGGAAGCUUAACAAAAGAUUACACUAUUUUUUUUUUCCUCAAGGUAUUACUUCUAUAACAGGAUGGAUGACCACUACACACAGAGAUUGCAUUACACACAACUGGAAUUGUCAAAUUGUCAAAUUGUUGAAACUUUGAUUUCAAAUGUUUUGCUGUGUUUUAAUUGAAUGGAUAUUAUUAUAACCAUUAUAACCAUUUUUUACAUUUUAAUCAAUGUUUUAUAUAAGGGGGUUGGGGUUAUUCAGUGAAACAUUUGUAAGUAAAGGGAUUUUAACACU